AUGACUUUCCGUUUCUUUUCCAUCCAUAGAUUGCAAUUUCUUACUCUGGUUUUCUUCAUCUUUUUUUUUAUUAUUAUACCCCAUUUCUUUUAUUAUACCCCCAUUCUUUAUUAUACCCCAUUUCUUUUAUUAUACCCCAUUUAUUAUUAUACCCCAUUUCUUUUAUUAUACCCCAUUUCUUUUAUUAUACUCCAUUCUUUAUUAUACCCAUUUCUUUUAUUAUACCCCAUUCUUUAUUAUACCCCAUUUCUUUUAUUAUACCCCAUUCUUUAUUAUACCCCAUUUCUUUUAUUAUACCCCAUUUCUUUUAUUAUACCCCAUUUGUUUAUAUUAUACUCCAUUCUUUAUUAUACCCCAUUUCUUUUAUUAUACCCCAUUUCUUUUAUUAUACCCAUUUCUUUUAUUAUACCCCAUUUUUUUUAUUAUACCCCAUUUCUUUUAUUAUACUCCAUUCUUUAUUAUACCCAUUUCUUUUAUUAUACCCCAUUCUUUAUUAUACCCAUUUCUUUUAUUAUACCCCAUUAUUUAUUAUACCCCAUUUCUUUUAUUAUACCCCAUUUCUUUUAUGAUACCCCAUUUCUUUUAUUAUACCCCAUUCUUUAUUAUACCCAUUUCUUUUAUUAUACCACAUUCUUUAUUAUACCCCAUUUCUUUUAUUAUACCCCAUUUCUUUUAUUAUACCCCAUUUCUUUUAUUAUACCCCAUUUCUUUUAUUAUACUCCAUUCUUUAUUAUACCCAUUUCUUUUAUUAUACCCCAUUCUUUAUUAUACCGCAUUUGUUUAUAUUAUACUCCAUUCUUUAUUAUACCCCAUUUCUUUUAUUAUACCACAUUCUUUAUUAUACCCCAUUUCUUUUAUUAUACCCCAUUUCUUUUAUUAUACCCUAUUCUUUAUUAUACCGCACUUCUUCCAUAUCUGUUUUGA